CUUAUCAAAAGUUUUAAUAUUUGAACAAUAUUUAUCUUCAUCAAAUUAAAAUAAGUUCUCGAUACUCGAUACAUUUGGAAAAUUUAAUUUCAUAAACAAAAGUAAUCAUAAUUAUCAACAUUAUUUAAUGUUAUACACUCAAGCAUAUAAUCUUAUCGCAUCGUAUCUACGCCGACCUGAUAUGUAACACGAACGGAGCCAUCAGUUCUAUUAUCACUUGGAUAAGAUCAACACUUAUCUCGCACUUAAAUUUUGAAAUCUAACAAUUUUACUAUAUAGUAAAACCAUAAAAAAUAUAUGUUUUAAUAAGGUUUUGAAUUUGAUAAUAAGUAAAUAAAUUAGUGAAAAUUUAAUUAGUGAAAGCAAUUAUUGGUUUUUUUUAUUAAUGUCGAUAUGUCAUUUUUAUUCGUGAUGGUAAUGAGUGAUGACAAAAGCUGCAUCAUAGCACAAUGUGUACAUUAAAAAUUGAUAACAUGCGAUGAAUAAUACACGUAUAUUACUGUACAUCUAGUUUCUAGAAAAGAUCCAGUAAUUUUUAAUAUUCAAUUCUUUAUUUUAAAAAAUCACGAUGACCAAAUAUUUGAACUUCGCUCUCACUAUUUUACACCUCGUAUGACCUUAAAAUAGUAAUAUUUGUGUUUAUAAUUAACGUUAACUUUUUUUAGAAUCGACAGAUUACGUCAAAGAUAUAAUUUUAAAAAUAUUAAAUUGAAAUUAAUGGUUUUUAAAACGGGCCGAUGUGUUCCAUUUUCACUUAUCUAAACAAAUACUAUUUAUAAGUAUUUAGAUUUUCGAAAUGAAUAUUGUUGAGAAAUAUUUUCUUAAAUGAUAUAAAUUUUUUUUCUUUAAAAACUGUAAUUAUUUAAUUAAUUAUUAUAAAACCAUUUUAAUUUACUAGUCAUAGAAUAAAAAUAAUAGUGUAAAGAUAAGUGAGAACUCCGGGAAAAAAUAUUAGUUCUUCAGAAACUUUUGCGCAGUUCGUACGCGCGAAAUUACACUAAUAACAAAAAUUAGCAUUAAAAUUCAAAUCAUGUCUGUUAUAAGAUCGAGUUAAUUUAAUAAUUUCAUUUACAUUGAAGUCGUUAUAAAAUGUUAAGAAUUUAUAUUUGGAUCGCGUUAGACGUAUAAACAGUUGUAAAAAAAUAUUAUUAAAUAAAAAAAAAAAAAUGAAUAGUAUGCAAGCUGAGAAACGUCUGGCAAUUUUAUAUUCUGCAGCUGCAACACUUUCAGUAAUAUCAUUUAUUUGUAUUAUAACUACCUGGCAAUACUGGGCAUGGACCUUGGACAGUUGUUUUGAAACGGACUGUAAUUGUAUUUUUUAUGGUGUUAAUGCGUUUAGCAAACUAAGAGGUGGCGAUGCUAAAAUUUGUCAUUUUGCAACUUAUGCCAUUAUUCCAUCGAUUUUAUUCAGUAUUGGAUUUGGUAUCUAUCAUGGUUACAGAACGUGUAUUAAUAAAAAACUAGGUGAUCCUAAAAUAAUUGCUAGAAGAUCAGUCAACUAUAGCAGUAAUGAAAUAGACGGAAAUAUUGUAGUCGUAACUCCUAGGAGCCGAUCCCCGUGCAAACAUUGGAUGCCACCUAGCUUCUUAGCUGCAUUGAUCACAUGUCUAUCCCUUACCCACGCUAUCGUUAUUACAGACGGUUAUUACAAGACCUGUGAACAAUAUAAAAAGAGAAUUAUCCAUGUUUUGGGAUCCGCAGCUCGUGAAGCCAUGGCAGUUCAUAAUCGUCUGAGUUGUAGCGCAAUAUUUGAUUACAUGGAUUACAUUGAGCCAGAUUCAAAUAACUGGAGAAGAGGCGAUGAAAUGAAUACUGGAUUAGCAUUACUAUUUGCAAUCACCACAAUAUGGUUGAGUUGUAUUAUAUGGAUUAUUAUUUUUAUAAUAAAUUUUGUUAUGGCUCGACAGAGGCACAACAAUUCCGGUGAAAAUAUUUAUUGCUGUUAAUCUUUAAAUAAUUUAUCAACAACAUCAUAAUAACUAUAGUUUUUAAAUCUAUAUUUCAUAAUUAGGAAAAAACAAAAUUAUUAUUAAAUUAAAUAUUUUUUACUGUAUUAGACAAUAUUUUACAGUGCAUUUUUAGUACGCUAAUUACCUGAUUUAUUUUAUUAUUAUUUUUUUUUUACAUAAACACAUCAUAAUAUUUUAUAUACAUUAUCAAUUAACUCACUCAUAAUUAAUACAUCACAACUUAUUUAUAUAUAAAUUUAUAUUUUAAUAAUUAAUACAUAAAACUAGAUAAAGUUGCCUUAGAAAAAAUAACUUACAAAA